GGCCGGCUUCACGGCUGCUUCUCUGGGGAUCCCCCCUUCCAGGUGUCGAUUCUUUUCUGCCGGAAGAGAGAAACCCCAACCGCCAUCCGAGAUGGGAAAGGAAAAGACCCACAUCAACAUCGUCGUCAUCGGCCACGUCGAUUCUGGCAAGUCCACCACCACCGGGCACCUCAUCUACAAGUGCGGGGGCAUCGACAAGAGAACCAUCGAGAAGUUCGAGAAGGAAGCCGCCGAGAUGGGCAAGGGCUCCUUCAAAUACGCCUGGGUCUUGGACAAGCUGAAGGCUGAGCGUGAGCGUGGUAUCACCAUCGAUAUUUCCCUCUGGAAGUUCGAAACCAGCAAAUACUACGUCACCAUCAUCGACGCCCCCGGCCACAGAGACUUCAUCAAGAACAUGAUCACUGGAACUUCACAGGCUGACUGUGCUGUCCUGAUCGUGGCUGCUGGUGUCGGGGAGUUCGAGGCCGGUAUCUCCAAGAACGGGCAGACCCGUGAGCACGCCCUUCUGGCCUACACCCUGGGUGUCAAACAGCUCAUCGUCGGCGUCAACAAGAUGGAUUCCACCGAGCCGCCCUACAGCCAGAAGAGAUACGAGGAGAUUGUCAAAGAAGUCAGCACUUACAUCAAGAAAAUUGGCUACAACCCAGACACUGUAGCUUUCGUGCCAAUUUCUGGUUGGAACGGAGACAACAUGUUGGAGCCCAGCUCUAACAUGCCCUGGUUCAAGGGGUGGAAGGUGACCCGAAAGGACGGUAACGCCAGCGGAACCACCCUCCUUGAAGCCCUGGACUGUAUCCUGCCACCCACCCGUCCCACGGACAAACCUCUGCGCCUGCCUCUUCAGGAUGUCUACAAAAUUGGCGGUAUUGGUACUGUCCCAGUUGGCCGGGUGGAGACCGGGGUUCUGAAGCCAGGCAUGGUGGUGACAUUUGCCCCCGUCAACGUUACAACUGAAGUGAAGUCUGUGGAGAUGCACCACGAGGCCCUGGCCGAGGCUCUGCCUGGUGACAACGUUGGCUUCAACGUGAAGAACGUGUCUGUGAAAGAUGUUCGUCGUGGCAACGUUGCUGGGGACAGCAAGAACGAUCCUCCCAUGGAAGCUGCUGGCUUCACUGCACAGGUGAUCAUCCUGAACCACCCUGGGCAGAUCAGCGCUGGCUACGCCCCGGUGCUGGACUGCCACACCGCCCACAUCGCCUGCAAGUUCGCUGAGCUCAAGGAGAAGAUCGACCGUCGUUCCGGCAAGAAGCUGGAGGAUGGCCCCAAGUUCCUCAAGUCUGGAGACGCCGCCAUCGUUGACAUGAUCCCGGGCAAGCCCAUGUGUGUGGAGAGCUUCUCCGACUACCCUCCUCUGGGACGCUUCGCUGUGCGCGACAUGAGGCAGACGGUGGCCGUGGGGGUCAUCAAGGCGGUGGACAAGAAGGCAGGAGGCGCCGGGAAGGUGACGAAGUCUGCCCAGAAGGCCCAAAAAGCCAAAUGAAAGUGGUGUGGGGCAGCUGGCCAGGGCUGGGUCGGGGGAGGAAGGACGGUCUCAGAGCUGUGUGUCGCAAUUGGCCAUUUCAGUUCCAUAGUCAAAGACUGGUUAAUGAUUACCAUGCAUCGCAAAAGCUUCAGGAGGAAAGGAAUGUUUGUGGACCAUUUGUUUCGUGGCAGUUUAAGUUAUUAGUCUUUGAAAAAAAAAAAAAAAUCGAUAAAAAUUUUUUUAAAAUGGAAACUUGACCAAAAAUAAAAAAAAUAAUCUGUCACAGAAUUUGAGACCAUUAAAAGGAAAGUUCAAUGCUC